GUCCGUGUCUUUGUGAAUCAGCUGUACCAGCCGGAAUCAGUGAAGGACGUGAGGCAGAACCCUGACCUGCAGGCCAUCCGCAUUGCCUCGGUGAACCCCAUUUUAGACCCGUGGGUCUACAUCCUCCUCCGCAAGACCGUGCUCAGCAAAGCCAUCGAGAAGGUGAAGUGCCUCUUCUGCCGCAUCGGAGGGGCUCGGAGGCAGCACUCCGGGGGCAAUUUCAACUGCGUGGAUGGCCGCAGGACCUCCUCCGCCAUGUCAAGUCAGUCGCCCUCCUUCAUCUCCCGUGAGCUGCGGGAGAUCAGCAGCACCUCGCAAACGCUGCUCUACCCUCCAGAGUUGAGCGAAAGCAGUGUCAGCGGCCGCGUGCUGCUCCCAGGGCCCAGCGCCAGCUUGGCUCAGUCUGACACCACCUCGGUGAGGACACUGCGCAGCUCGGAGACCUCGGACUCCUCACAGGGCCAGGACUCCGAGAGCGUGUUCCUGGUGAACGAAAUGGGGUCUGGUGGCCGGGCCAGCUCAGCGGCCAAGGGCGGCCCUCUGCAGGUCACCUUCCCAACAGAGACACUGAAUUUGUCGGAAAAGUGUAUAUAG